AAAUUAUAUUAGUGGCUUUCAAUUGAUUGGAUAUUUACACAGCAAAUAAUAGUUUUUCAGAAAUCAUCAUCACAUGGACCUUUCUUGUUCCUCUUUUUCUUUUAAUCCUUUCUUUUCUUUGUGAGAGUACCCAACUAAAUGCUCCUCCAAACCUCCUCUUUCUUUUCUUUUAUUCACUUUGAUUCCUGCAAUCUUUCCUUUCCUUUCCCCUAGGUGAAAACUAGAAGGGAAAUUCACAAUAAUAAUGGCAGGCACACUGGGGAGAAAUCUUCACCUCUGCUUCACCAAGAUCAAGAGUCCGCUCGAGCCCCAAUCUCCCCCUACUCUUCUAUCUCCACACCAUCAUAGCCAUCCACUAAUCCUGAAAAAUUAUAACUCUCUCUUUGACUCCUACACUUUUGACUCUGCUUCCAAAUCUCCAACACACUCCUCAUCUUCCUCCUCCUCCUCAUCCUGUUCCUCCUCGGAACCUGACUUCGCCACCGUAUUCGCCUCCCAACGUUUCUUCUUCUCCUCCCCAGGCCGCUCCAACUCCAUCAUUGAAUCUACACCCUCCAGUACUGCUACUCCUACGGAUUCUUCCGACUCUCUGGUAGGUUCUAUGAAUGAUAAAUCCGACGGCCGGUCGUCUUUAGAAUCGAGGAACUCUGCUGCCACCGUUAAAGACAGCGUAGCGGUACCCACUUACUCGCCAGACCCGUAUUUGGACUUCCGGCGAUCCAUGCAGGAGAUGGUGGAGGCGCGCGACUUGGUAGACGUGAAGGCCAAUUGUGACUACUUGCAUGAGCUUCUGUCGUGCUAUCUAGAGCUGAAUCCAAAGAGUACCCACAAGUUCAUUGUUCGAGCUUUUGCGGACCUCCUAGUCAGUCUCUUGGCAUCUCAGCCGAAGGUUUCGGCGGAGGGAGGGUAAUCUGGAAGCCGGGUUAUGAGAUUUAGCAGCAAUACAUGUAACAUGUACCGUGGGUUGUCGGAUAAUAAUGAUUGGGUAAUCUUUUUUACAUUUGAUUUAGCACUGUUUUUAUGUGGAGAGGAACUAAAGUUAGGCCCUAUCUUUUGUCUUCUA